AUGGUGAGAGACUCUUCUAUCGCUUUGAAACCCAUAUUAUCUUAUUCAGAUAAUAAUAGUACAAAACAGAAUAGCUUAGAUAUUGAGGAUGAAACCCCUCUUAUUGAAAAUGAAUUCCAUGUUUUUAUAAAUCUUUAUUUUCUUCUUGUGGCAUUAUCUCAAUUUAUUCCUUCUUUGAGAACAGGAUAUCUUAUCACAUAUUUUGGCCCUUUGUGUUUUGUAAUUUUGGUCACUAUGGGCAAAGAAGCAUAUGAUGAUUGGAUAAGAUAUAGAAGAGAUCGUGAAAACAAUUCUCAAAAAUAUGAAAUAUUAACGCAAAAUGGUAUUAAAAUAGUACCAAGUUCCAAGAUAAGAGUUGGUGACUUGGUCAUUAUUCAUAAGGAUCAAAGGGUCCCUGCUGAUUUAAUAUUAUUAAGAACAACAGAGACUAGUGGCGCAUGUUUUAUUAGAACAGACCAAUUAGAUGGUGAAACUGAUUGGAAAUUAAGGUAUUACAAUAUCCACGUUGCAGUACCUUUCUGUCAAAAAUUACAAUCAAAUGAUAAUCUUUUAGAAGUCAAUGCUGAUAUUUAUGAUAUUCAUAGUUUUGUUGGUAAUUUUUCAAAGCAAGCUAUGGAUAAUAUGACACCACAAGUUGAAGCUUUAAAUGUUGAGAACACUUUAUGGAUGAAUACGGUGUUGGCAUCGGGUACUGCUAUUGGAUUUGUAAUAUACACGGGAAAGGAUACUAGAGCUGUCAUGAACACAAGUCACCCAGAAACUAAAAUUGGAUUAUUAGAUAAAGAAAUUAAUCGAUUAUCCAAGAUUCUUUUCCUUGUGACACUGUUGUUGUCUUUUACGCUUAUUGCAUUAAACAAUUUUCGAGGUCUUUGGUAUAUUUAUUUAUGUCGAUUUUUGAUUCUUUUUUCUUCAAUCAUUCCUAUAGGUCUUCGUGUCAAUUUAGACAUGGGUAAAAGUGUUUACGCAUAUCAAAUAAUGCAUGAUAAUGAAAUUCCAUAUACAAUAGUCAGAACUAGUACAAUACCAGAAGAACUGGGCAGAAUUAAUUAUCUGUUAUCAGAUAAAACUGGAACCUUGACCAAAAAUGAUAUGGAAUUAAAAAAACUUCAUAUGGGAACUAUGUCCUAUAGUUCAGAUACAAUGGAUGAAAUAUCUUCACAAUUGGAAAUUGCAUUUGGACAACCAGGCAUAUAUAAAAAAAAAUUUUUUUAUACAACUCGUGCUUCAACAUCUCUUCAAACACCAUCUUUAGUUGGAAAAGGUCGAAGAGAUAUGACAUCAAGAAUUAGAGAUAUUAUCCUUGCACUUGCUUUAUGUCAUAACGUCACGCCUGUAAUUGAUGUUGAUAAUUUAGUUACUUAUCAGGCUUCGUCACCUGACGAAGUUGCAAUUGUUAAAUGGACUGAAAGCGUCGGUUUAACUUUGGUUUUUCGUGACAUUAAUGAAAUGCAUCUUCGUACACCUCAUGGAAACAUUCUCGAAUUCAAAAUUCUUCAAAUAUUUCCAUUCACUAGUGAAAGCAAGCGGAUGGGAAUUAUUGUCCAAGAUAAACAAACUGAAGAAAUUACAUUUUAUGAAAAAGGUGCAGAUGUAGUCAUGGGCAGAAUUGUUCAAUAUAACGAUUGGUUGGAUGAAGAAUGUGGAAACUUUGCAAGAGAAGGUCUUAGAACCUUAGUUAUUGCUCGUAAAAGGUUAUCAGAUGUUGCCUAUAAUGAUUUUCAAGAAAGGUUUCAUGAAGCUAGGACAAGUUUAACCAAUCGUAAAGCUCGAGAAGGAGAGAUUAUUUCAUCGAUACUAGAACAAGAUUUGGAACUUUUGGGGUUGACUGGUGUUGAAGAUAAACUUCAAGAUGGUGUUAAAACUACGUUGGAGCUACUUCGAAAUGCAGGUCUUAAAAUAUGGAUGUUAACAGAUAAAAUUGAGACAGCAACUUGCGUAGCAAUAUCCUCAAAAUUGAUUUCAAGAAAUCAGACUAUCCAUAAAAUAGCAAAAAUGCAAUCUUCAGAUGAGGCAUUAGAAGAAUUGGACCAUUUACAAAGUACAGGUGAUUGUUGUUUGGUAAUUGAUGGAGAAUCACUUCAGCUUUAUAUUGAUCAUUACAAGAAUGAAUUUAUUGAAUUAGCAAUCAGAUUGCCAGUUGUAGUUGCUUGUAGAUGUUCGCCUACUCAAAAGGCUGACAUUACGAGACUCAUUAAAAAUUUUACUAAUAAAAAAGUUUGUUGUAUUGGCGAUGGUGGUAAUGAUGUUAGUAUGAUUCAAGCAGCCGAUGUUGGUGUCGGUAUUGUUGGAAAAGAAGGAAGGCAAGCUUCUUUAGCAGCUGAUUUUUCAAUUACUCAAUUUAGCUAUUUGACAAAAUUACUACUUUGGCACGGAAGAAAUAGUUAUAAACGUUCUGCGAAGCUUUCUCAAUUCGUUAUCCAUCGUGGUCUUAUAAUAUCGGUUAUGCAAGCAGUAUUUUCUUCUAUAUUUUACUAUGCACCAAUUGCUCUAUAUCAAGGUGUAUUGAUGGUAGGAUAUUCUACCCUUUAUACAAUGGCGCCGGUAUUUUCAUUAGUAUUGGAUAUGGAUGUAAGUGAAGACAUAGCAUUACAAUUUCCGGAAUUAUAUAAAGAUUUAACAAAGGGAAGAUCACUUUCUUUAAAGACCUUCUUUCAAUGGUUAAUGAUCAGUGUAUAUCAAGGUGGCGCUAUAAUGAUUAUGUCUAUAUUUCUUUUUGAAGACGAAUUUGUCAAUAUUGUCUCGAUUUCUUUCACUGCGUUAAUUAUUAAUGAACUUUUGAUGGUUGCUUUGGAGAUCAAUACAUGGUAA